UUGUCGCUCAAAGAACACAAAACUGUUUAUUUUUUGCUUCAGCGGGUUUCUGCCAAUUUGCCGUUUAUAUUGGAAUUCAAUUGCGUGAAGGCGCUAGAGUGGCAAUUUAGUGAAUGAUUGUGCAAGACAGAGGCGAGAAAACUUAAUAAAAUUACUAAUUACAAUAAAUUCAUAAAUUUAUGAAACAAUGUUAAGCAAACUUAGCGGAGAAGAGUAAAAAUUAUAAAAAAAAGAAAUAUUAAAGUGUGAAAUUUGUACGGAGAAACAUAAAAAGGCAUAGUAAAAACAAGUAACGGUGCAGUGCUUGCAUGCAUAGAUAUGUACGCAUAAACAAGCAUAGGUGUCAAACAAACAAAAACGAGAGCAAAUAAUUUUAUAUGAAAAGUGCAUCAAAUUGUAGAAGACUUGGCAGCGUUAAUUAUUAAACUUCAGACGAGUUUAAAAAAAAAAAGUAUUUUGUUAAAAACAAAUUAUAAAGUUAAUAAUAAUUUUACAAAACAUCGUGAAAAAUAUAUAUGUAUGUAUAUACAUAAUUUAUUUUAACAACACAUUUAUUGCAAGAAAGUUCAUACCGAGUGGAAAUUACAACUACAACAUCAACGCUAAAAAAAAUCAACGUGUGCCAACAGCUUUGACAACGGCAGUUUUGUCUGCGUCGGUGGCUGUGACGUCAGCGUUAGCGCUGCUGCAUUGUUCUCAUAAGUGCUGCGGCACAUUUUUAACGAUUUUAUAAAAACAACAAGAAAUUGAUAAACAACAAUAACAACUUGCAAGCGGUUUCGAGUGCGUGCAAAAUCUUAUAAAGCUACAUAUGUAUGUACUUACAUAUGUACGUACAACUAAUUGAACCGCUACUGCUUAGUGAUUUAAACUUGUAAUAUUCCUCGCAAAAUUUGUGCUUAUGUGUGAGUGUAUGUGUGAAAAUACGCGUAUUCUAUUUAUUGUGAAAACGUGAAGCUUGUGGCAAAAUAAGAAGCGAGUGAAAAAUUGUUUCUUUAAUAAAUGCAAUUAUAUAAUAUGGAUUGUACUGGCCGUCGUUCGAAUCAAAGUGAACGUGAUCCAGAUUUAGGCGAAGAUUUGUCUCGUGACGUCGCAUCCGAUGAUGAUAUACGCGAUUGCGAUUCUAUCGAUGCCGAUCAUCAUGUAAUUCGUGCAACACGCCUGAAUGUCGCAACAUUGAAACGCCAACAUAGCAGCAACAGCAACAAYAAAAACAGAAAUAUUCAUAGCAAUAAUCAUAAUAGCAAUAACAAUAACAACAGYCACAGCAACAAUACAUUUGUUGGUGAUAUGAGUUUUGGUGGCAACGCCGGCAGUGUCAGUCUUGGUGUUGGCGGUGGCAUGGGUGUGCGCAGUCCCGACCAUCACGCUGAUCUUCAAAUGAGUCAUCAUCACCAGUUCCCCACAAAUCAUCCGCUAAAUGCGCUCAGCAAUUUCAUGGGCAUCGGCGGUCUACAUGGCAUUCCAAAUCUACCACACAACGAUGUCCUGGAGAAGUUAAAAAUGCAAGUUCGUGAUUUCAAGGAACAAGAUUACGCGGCUGCUGCGCAUGCGGCUGCCUUUGGGCAAAACYUAUUACCCAGCAGCUUAAAUCCCGCAUUCUCACUGCCGCCCACGUCGAUAGCYCAGUUCGAGCAUCGCGCACAGAGCCUGGCCGCACAAGCGGGCGGUGGUGGCACUGGCAUUGUUSGCAGCAUUGGCGUUGCCAAUGGCAAUUCACAAAAUUCACAACAUACUGGUGGCAAUAAUGUGGGCGUGAGUGGAGCGUCGUGUUUGACGAAUGGUGGCAACGGCUUGCUUGGUGGCGCUAACGGUAGCGGCGGCGGCGGCCCGGGUAUGGGCAGUGGUGUCGGUGGCGUUGGUGGUGGUGGUGUUGGCGGCUCAAGUAGCGGCAAUGGCGGCUUCUCAUUCACCUCACCAACGGCGCCGAGCUCGAAGGACGCUUUACGAGAUCAACGAUGAUCCGAAAAGAAAAGAAUUUCUGGAUGACUUAUUUUCAUUCAUGCAAAAGAGAGGCACACCCAUCAAUCGUUUACCGAUAAUGGCAAAAUCCGUUUUGGACUUAUAUGAGCUAUAUAAUUUGGUUAUAGCGCGUGGCGGUCUUGUUGAUGUUAUCAACAAGAAAUUGUGGCAGGAAAUCAUUAAGGGUCUACAUUUGCCCUCAAGCAUAACAAGUGCCGCAUUCACAUUGAGAACACAAUACAUGAAAUAUCUUUACCCCUACGAAUGCGAUAAGAAGAAUCUGAGUACACCUUCCGAGCUGCAGGCGGCCAUUGACGGCAAUCGGCGCGAGGGCCGUCGCUCCAGUUAUGGCCAAUACGAGGCCAUGCACGCUCAAUUGCAAAUGCCACAAAUUGGACGUCCACAGUUGCCCGGCGGCAUACAACAAAUGUCGCCAUUGGCGCUGGUCACACACGCCGCCAACAAUCAGCAAGUGCAAGCAGCGGCUGCAGCCGCCGCCGCACACCACAGACUGAUGGCGCCCUCCUUUGGACAAAUGGGUCAAAUGCCGAACUUGGUGACGCACGAAUUGGAGCAGCGCAUGGUGGAGUAUAUUAAAUUGAUGCAGGUGAAGAAGGAGCAACAUAGCAACGCUGCUGCUGCGGCGGCGGUUGCGGCGGCAGCAGCGGCCGCUGGCAGCAAUGUGGGUGGCGAUGCAGCGACUUUGGCGCGUCUUGGAGCGACUGGCAGUAGUAAUGGUGCGCACGUCAAACAACAACAGCGUCAACGUUCAACAAGUCCAGAGGCCGUUGCUCAUGAGGCGAUGAACGCUUUGGACAUUUCACGCGUCGCGCUUUGGCAAAUGUAUCACAACAACACCAGCCCGCCAGUAUCGAUGAACGCCUCACCACAGGGAAGUGGAGCGGGGAUUAUCGGCGGAGUAAACACAAUGAGCGUGCCAAGCUUAAACGAACAAAACAGUGAGGCUCUCAACCUUUCCGACUCACCGCCAAACAUUAACAACAUCAAACGCGAACGCGAACACGAACAAUCGCCCGAACCGUGUGAUCGCGACGAUUUCCAUAAUCAAUCGCCGCCGGUGAAACGUAGCGCACUGAAUUUUCCAGCUGGUUUCUAUUUACCGUCGAGUAUGGCCGCAGCAGCCGCCGCGGCUGCCGCCAAUUUCCACCAACAAAACAAUAAGAGCAACAAUCAUCUGCCACAAGACUCCGAUGGUGAGGACGGUGAGGAUGGCGAUGAUGACACCGAUACGCACAACACCACCAACAACUCAAUGACACAAGACGUAGAGUCCAAUCGCCCCGCGUUAAAUGGUCACCAUCAUCAGCAUCUGCAUCAUCAUCUGCAGCAACUUCAUCACUUGCCACACAACCUACAAAUGCCGCAUCAUCAACAUCUCGUCAAGAACGCCAGCGGCAAUCAGGACAAGUCUGACGAUUCAGCCCUUGAAAAUUCUCCCUCGACUAGUGCGACUUCGACCGCUGGCGUAGGUGCUGACAGCAGCAAUGGCAACAAUGCUUGUGGUGACAAUGUUAGCGGUCACAUUUCACCGGUAUCCACAAAGAAGAAACACCUGCCGAACCAGCAUAACAAUGGUGGCUCAACGGCCAUGGAUUGUAGCAGUAGUGGCGCCGGGCGUGCACAAUCAAAUAGCCCCAGUUUAGGUGGCGUCGAGGAUGCGUUGAAUCUGUUGUCGGGCAUGCAAUUUCGUGUGUCACGUAACGGCACCAACGCUAAUGGCGCACAACAGCUGGUCGUUAAUCUCGAAUUGAAUGGCGUGAACUAUUCGGGUGUGCUUAUUGCCAAUACCACUAGCAAUUCCAAUGACGCAUCACGCUCAAGUGUAAACCCUUUGCAAAGGAUAAACGAAGACGAUGAAAAUAACGAUUUGGUGGAUCCGACAGCAGAGGAAGCCAAAAAUGUGAGCGGCAGCGGUACAAGCGGUGCUGAUGGUGACAUCGAAGAUGAGGACAUGGCCGAUUUAGCUAGCACAACAAGCAACGACGAAACUACACCCAGAAAUAUGAGCAAAAAUGAUGGCAACGGUUUGUCGGUCAACACGGCCAAUAAGAGUGCGCUAAAUGAGAGUAACGUAAAUGAUGCCGUUAUGACGGCGUCUUAGACAAAAAACAAGUAUGUAGAGUACCUUGAACGCAAGUGCUAAGGUGAGAAUUGAGUAGAAACAGAAAAUGAAAAGAAAACUGAAAUCGUAUUAGAAACAGAAACAGGUUUAUAAACUGAAACUGAAGCAGAAAAGGAAAGGGAACUGUUUAUGCCUCCUUGUAGCGCUGCCGUGCACACUACUGAGCAGCUGCGGAGCAAAAUGAAUUCCAAAAUAUCCACUACACGCGCUUCGCUUGCUAGCUAGGGGCGGAGUACCGGCUAAACGUGGAGAACUACAGCACUAUAAAAAUAAACUAGACGCAUAAGUUAAAUGUUUAGUCUAAGAUUUAGAAAAUUAUAAAGACGCAUAUAAUAAUUGUAAUUAUAGCAUUGCGCAAGUGAGUGAUAAGUUCGUUAUAAUAAAAUAAUGCAGAAAUAUAUUGGUCCUGCAGAUGAAGGUGUUGCAGCACCAAUUCCUAGAAACCCUAAAGUUAGUAUAAGAACACGAAGCCGUAUCUUUGUAAUUCUCACUGUAAUAACAGAUCCAAAACAAGACCUUCUCAGGCGUUCAGCCUCGACAAACUAAAGCGCUUGGAAGCUUUCGUUGUGCCUAAAGCUUAAUAAAGCGUUUCGGUGAAAGUUAAAGCUUUAGUAGCUACCAGAUUCAUGUCUAAAUAGCAAAUGUAAAUAGUGACGUCUUUAAAUGGCUGCAAAAAGAGUUGAACUUAACUGUAGACCGAACUUCUUUAUUUGAAAAAGUUAUACAUAUAUAUAAUUGAAAACUGCUUAAACAGCAUUUCGUU